AUGGAUCUUAGUACUACGCCGCGUAGGGCAACCGACGGACUUGGUGACCUUCAAAAGACAAGGGUUGCUAAAAGUGUGUUUAGUAUACGUAGUCUCGUCGAUGUCGAAGAAGUUGAACUUCCGGUGAACGAAGAGGAAAGGAUACAUGGAUUACGAGGGAUAAACGAUGAAAGUAACGAUCGACAAAGUGUAAAUGCUUUUAAACCGAAUAUGAUCGGUGAUCGUUCGUGUAAUUUGAUCCCAUCGAAUUUGAGUAUCCGUGCGUUACGAUCCCUUUACGAUACGGUACCAUACGGAUACGAUCAGUCGAGCGUACGAGGAGGAGGAGGUGGAGGUGGAGGAGGAGGCGGAGGCGGAGGCGGUGGUGGUGGAGGUGGAGGUGUUGGAGGAGGUGGAGGUAGCGAGCUGGCCGUCCCUCAGACGAGUCCUGCUAGUAGCACGAGUAGCUUGAACCAAGUGAAUCAGGUGAGCCAGCAGGUGAACCAACAAACUAAUAACCAGCAGCACCAGUCUCGUCAACAACAAGGAACACCUACACCAACUUUAACGCAAACACCAACAAUACCAGCUGUUACAAGUGUUGUAUCAUCAACUGCAUUAUUGGUUGUAUCAACCCGAUCAUCACCGGCACCAACACCAAUAACUUCAUCAACUGCAACUGCAACUGCAGCAGCAGCUACAGCAACAACAGCAGGAACAAUAACAACGACGCCUCAAUCCACUCAAAUGGGGAUUUCAACGGAAGAGGUUAGACCUGAGGAAGAGGGCACCCACCCGAGGGCAGCUCCAACGAGCCCUGAAAGCGAAGCUGAGGUCGACGACUUUGCACCUAAGAGGAAACAACGACGUUACAGGACGACCUUCACUAGCUUUCAGUUGGAAGAACUUGAAAAGGCAUUCUCGAGGACUCAUUAUCCUGACGUUUUCACAAGAGAGGAAUUAGCUAUGAAAAUCGGUCUGACGGAAGCAAGGAUACAGGUGUGGUUUCAAAAUCGUCGAGCGAAAUGGCGAAAGCAAGAAAAAGUUGGGCCCCAAGCCCAUCCGUAUAAUCCUUAUCUUGGAUCAGGUGCACCCCCACCAUCUGCAGUGGUAGCUCCUACGUUACCCAAUCCAUUCGCUCAUUUGAGUAGUUUUGCUCUACGAAAGCCAUUCGAAGCUUUUCGUUAUCCACCAUUGGGACAUGGACCAGUUCUUCCUGGAGCAUUCACAACUCAUCCUUAUCAUCGAGCACCACCACCGUUGUUACCACCAGGCAUGCCAUUACCUUAUACGUCAGCGGCAUCCUUUCAAAGUCUAUUGGCAAAUAUAUCAGCUGCUCAAAGACCAAAACUCGUUCGAGGUUCUACACCACCGCCACCACCACCACCAGCACCAACAGCUCCGCAAAUUACUUUGUCUCAUCCACCGAUUCCUCAACCACCACCACCACCUACGGCAAGUUCACCUCAAAGCUCACCAACGGGUAGCGUUGGUUUACCUGACAUCGACAGAAGAACCAAUAGCAUCGCUUCUCUUCGUUUAAAAGCAAGGGAAUACGAGCAUCAUCUUGAAUUGCUCAGGAAAAGAGGUGAUCUCAUUAGCUGAAGAUGGAAUCUUAUGGUUAUGCAUUUGAUGAUAAUGAUGUUAAUGAUGAUGAUGAUGAUGAUGAUUAUUAUUAUUAUUAUUAUUAUUAUUAUUAUUUUUAUUAUUAUUAUUAUGACAAGAACGAUGAUGAUUACUAGAAAAUAAUAAUAGAACGAUGAUACUUCUCGGUUGAUAAAGUAGUAUCAUAGUGAAAGUGAAACAAACGUGAGAAAUGAACGGUAGAAUAUCAAAGUCAUUCUGUAAUUGCUAGAACAAUUUAAAAUACGAAUUUAGUUAAUAGUGUUCAUGAGAACGUGAGAAUAUUCUCCCGUUAUAUUAUUUUUUUAAUUCAUAUUUUCGAUCGAUUAAUUUCUUUCUUUGAAAAUAACUAUGUCAAAGCUGUCGAACGUUGUCAUAUGAAUUUCGUUGAUCGAAAAAUCGAUCGAUAGUUUUUAAAAGUUAUUUAAAUAUUUGCUACUUACAAAAAAGGACCUUUUUUUUUGGACAUAAAAAUUAUCCUUGUAAAAUACAAAAGGACUUUUUUUCUUAACAUUAAAAGAAUUUCGGAAACGAGGUGAGAUAAAAUUUGUUUUGUAAUAUCGAUAAAAAUGAGUAAAAAAAGAAAAAAUAAACAAAGAAUAAAAUAAAAGGAAAAGUAUUGUAAUCCGAAUGGAAAGUGUUGAAACAAGAAAGGAAAAAAAAGAAGAGCGACGAAGUAUUUUCCGUCCACGAGAUUUUUCUCGAUUUACGAUGAAAUGCAUUUGCAUAUUUACAUUUUAAUUUUGAAAUAUUUUAUUACGAGGAAAAAAAUGAAACAACGAUAAAUAUCUACAAGAAAUAGUAAAAAUAUGUAUAUUAUUAAUCAUCGUUAUCGAGAAAUAUUUUGUAUUUUUCAUUUACCUAAUCGAAUGUGUAGCAGCACAAGUACGUUUUGUAAAACGUAAAAUUGCGAAAUUCGAUUGAAACGUUUUUACCAAUUAAAAUUACAUCUUAAAAUUAGAGAGAGAGAGAGAGAGACAUUCUGUUUUUU